AUGGCGCAGUGUCCAGUAAGAUCAUGUGAAAUAUGUGAGAAUUCUCCGGGGAGUAGAUACUGUAUAGACUGUGAACAGUUUUUCUGUAAGACAUGUGAAAUAUCACAUUUAAAAACUAAACCGUGCAGGAAUCAUAUUUUUCAAGAUGCCGACAUUACAAAUCCGGAAGUAAAAACGCCCGUUUGUAAACAACAUGGAGAAAAGUUUACGUUUUACUGCAAUACUUGUACAUCACUAACCUGUAACAUUUGUUUGCCGACUUCACACAAUAAACAUGAUUUCUGUCUGAUUGAUGAUGCUGCCUCAAAAGCCCGGUCACUUUUAGAGAAGGAAUUGUUAGCAGCAGAAGAUAGUAUCGGGAGGGCUAAAGAAAAAAAUUGUUCUUCACGAUUGGCUCUCACUAACUUUGAACAUGAAGCGGAAAAGGCUAAACAGGAUGUUGGCGAAAGAGUGGAUGUAAUCCUUAAUGUUCUUUAUGAAUUCAAAAAUGCUUAUUUGAAGUCAAUUGAAGAACACAGAAUGAAAGAAUCACAGAAGUCGAAAAAAGAAAUUUUGAAGAUUGAAAAGGCAACUAAAAAUUACCAAGAAGUUUUGAAUAAAGUGAAAAGCUCAAUAGCUGUCGACAAUAAUGUCAUUCUAUUGGAUUCAUUAAGUAGCAUGACAAAAACUUUAAAGUCAGUGGAUUUAGUUAGUAUAGAGACAACGAUACCCGUACGGAUUCACUGUAACCUUGUUUCAACGAAACCCGAAGCAAAAAAACUGAUUGGCAAUUUAUUUUUCUUAAAACCGAAUAUCAGUAUUAAAGAAGUUGCAAGAGUAAAUUCUAAGAAACCAAACACCACUAUCAAAGUAGGUGACAGAGUUCGGGUAAAAGACAUUUACUGGAGUGAUGUCACACAUACAAGUAUAGGCAAAGUUAUCGACAUACAAAGUAACAUUGUUUUUAUUGAUUUUCCGCAGUGUUCAGGUAGGGGAUGUUCAAUAUCGAACGUGGAAUUGGCAUCGUAA